AUGAAGAGUAAGUAAGUUCACAAAGAAAACAUCUUCCAAAGAUAUAAACCAUAAAGACCAAAUACAUAGUAUAAAUAGCAUACAUAAGAGUCUUCCCAAUUUCAGUUCAUAUAUGCAAAUAAUGAAGCUGAUUUUUUUUAAAGUUAAAUACAAAGAGUUGGAGAACAGCAGGAUUAAGCCAAUUAACAAACCAAACAAUAAUAAUCUAAGCCACCUCAGCAGUAAACUAGUAGGUAAAUUAAUUUACUGGAUUACGGAGAGAACUUUACUUCUGUUGAAGCUUCCAAAAUAUAGGUUAAUCAGCCUAAAAUUCUGCUGAAGAAUAGCCAAAUACUAACCCUAUUUAAGCGAAGCCAAAAUUUAGAUGAUAGACCAAACCAGUAAAUACAGGGUUAAAUUGAAUAAAGUUCUGGUCCUGAUUUAUCUUUUUUAAAUUUAUCUCCACUUAUCUAAAAUGAACCUUGCCUGAGAAUGCUUGAGAAAAUGGUGAUUGCUAAGAAAGAUGGGAGAUUGAAGGAACUUAAAAUAUUUGGAUAGGUAGCUUUGGAAGGGGAUUUCACAUUUGAUGAUUAAUCUAAUCUUUAACUGUUGAUACAAUAUUGGUCGGAUACUUAAGGGUGUUAAAGGAGGAUCACUCCAAAUUCAUUGGAUUUAUAAUUAUAUCGCAAAAAUGGUUAUAAAAUGGGAAUCAUUGAUUACAUAAUAAUACCAACAAGAGCAUUUAUUUAAUAAAGGAUUCCAGUAUCUUUUUGUAUAGAUUGGAAUGUGUCAUUUGCCAGUUAUUGUCUUCAAUAUAAGGUGAAUGAUUUAUGGCGUAUGCCAUUGUAGGAUAUUGUUAUCGAAGUUAAUCUAGAGAAUGAUGUGGAGUUUGAUGAUUUGAAAACAAUCCCAGUAGCAUAAAUAGUGAAGGAUAAAAAAAUUACUUGGAAGUCCAAACAACUACUAUAAUAAUAGAAAGGCAAGUAAGUAAUGAAUUUUAUGGGCAUAAAGAAAGCAAGAACCCCAAAUUCUGAACCAUAUAAAAAUUAGUUUAAAAGCUAAUUUAAUUGA